AGAUCUGGUUUGAUUACAAAAAUCGUAUAUGCCUAAUUCGCACCAACCGUACCCUGAACACCCAGUUUAAUAAUGGGUUUCUAUUGUUUCUAAACUUCAAGACUUUACUUCCAGUUUGUUAGUUACAGUUCAAAUUUACACUCAAAAAUGGCGUAGUUAGUUGCACACCAUCUGUUCGAGUAAUUUCCUCUGAGAAAAUAGGUGGAACAAGACUGGUUUUGAGGCCAAAACCUAUAACAGGAUAACUUAGGGAGUGUUUGUGUGUGCCAUAAUGGGAAUCAUCAAAGAUGGCACAGUGUCUGGGUCUCUACCAAAUGCUCAAGUGUUUGCAGUCCAUUAUCCUGGAUAUCCUUCCUCCAUGUCUCGUGCAAUUCAAACCCUUGGGGGUGUUCAAGAAAUUCAGACGGUUAGGAAUCUUCACUCAAAUAGGUUGGAACUCCAUUUUCGGCCUGAGGACCCAUAUUCGCAUCCUGCAUUUGGGGACUUUCGUCCUUGUAACAAUCUGUUGCUCAGAAUAUCUAAAAGCAAGUCCACCAAUGGACAAACUAGUGUAGUUUCUGAUAAUGUAGGGUUGCAGGGUGGGAAUAUUCUGGAUAAUAAAACACAAACAGGUGAAUCUAAAAUUAGAUCAGCUGCUUCCAAUGAAGAAGCUCAAGUUCAAGCACCUGAAACUGAAAACAUUUCUGCUGAUAUUGUUGCUCGUGUUCCUGAGGCUUAUCACUUUGAUGGAAUGGCGGAUUACCAGCAUGUGGUUGCCGUACAUGCAGAUGUGGCUCGAACGAAGAAGAGAAAAUGGAUAGAAGCAGGGGCUACUGAAAAGGGUGACCUUCUCGGUGUUGAUGAGGAGGAUGUGAUGACAAUAGUGCCUCCACUCUUUGCACUAAAAGAUAUUCCUGAGAAUUUAGUGUUGAAACCAUCAGUAGUAUUGAGUCCAAAAAAGAAUCAAGAGGAAGUUGCUCAGCCUGAAUGUGAUGUAGACAUGGAGCCUGUCCUUGGAAUUGAUUUCAACAUCAAUGAGAUACCGAAGAGAAUAAAUUGGGAGGACUACAUUCCUCAGGACUCAACUCCGUGGGAGUCACAGAUGGCUGUUUCUAAUUUGUUUGAUGAGCGACCCAUAUGGAUAAAGCGUGCACUAAAUGAACGGUUACUUGAUAAGGGAUUUAAUUUUGUGCAUAGUAUGCUUAGAAGGCUUCUUUCUAGAGUUGCAUACUACUUUUCAAGUGGACCAUUUCUAAGGUUCUGGAUCAGAAGGGGAUAUGAUCCUCGUAAAGAUCCUGAAUCUCGCAUAUAUCAAAGAGUUGAUUUUCGAGUACAUCCAUCUAUUCGAAGUUAUUGUGAUGCUAACACUGCCAACCAGGCAAAGCAAAGAUGGGAGGAUAUAUGUGCAUUUCGAGCUUUUCCAUUCAAGUGCCAGACGUCAUUGCAACUAUUCGAACUUGAAGAUGACUACAUUCAACAAGAGAUUAGGAAGCCUCCAAGUCAGACUACUUGCACAUAUGCAAGUGGAUGGUUUUCACAAGCGGUUCUUGACAGCUUGAGACAUCGUAUUACAGUAAGGUUCCUACCUAUAUAUCCCAAAUCUGGUUUUGGUGUUGGUGUUGAUCGUUUACUUAAAGCUGCUACCGAAAGCUUUGAAAAGUCAAAAAGGAGACGCAAUAAAGACAAUGUAAUGCUUCAUGAAGAAGAGCACCAUCAAGUAGAUGCAGAGAACAAUGAUGUAGAUGUUAUGCAUGGUGAAGAUGUUGAGGAAUCCAAUAACGUAGAGGUUGAGAUCGAGGUCGAAGAUGAUGAUGAUGAGGAUGAGGAUGAGGAAAUUCAGCUUGAGGAGGCCGACGAUGAAAUUUCUUUGCAAUCUCAAUCAUAUUUAGAUCUAAACACGGAAAGCAUCUCGAGAACCCAUUUACAGGAGUUGUUUGGUAGUUUUCCAUCCAAUGAAGGAGGAGAAGAUAAAGUACAAGACAGAGAUAUAAGCGAUGAAGAAUAUCAAAUACUCGAGCAAGAUAGUGAAGACAACUUAUCCGAUGAGUAUGACUCCUGAGUUACCAAAUAUUCAGAAGGCGACCCUGAUACGAGUUUUGUUGGCUUUAGAUCUUGCAGCUUUGGAGGGCCCCAAUGCACAAUCAGUCACAUUACUUACCGGGUAAAUUCUCUGAUAGAUUUUCUACAUUCCAAGUAUGGUUCAGUAAUUUUGUUUGAAAAAUACCAAAUAUCAGUCAUGUGUUAGUGAGCGGAUUAUAAUUAUGAAGUGAGUCUCACACUUUGACUUGUUACCAUUUUGGGCAACAAUUGUGCAUAAAACAACAAUAUUGACAAUAUUUUGGACUGUUUGGCUUGAGAGGCACAGAAAAGUUAUGCUCUCUUCAAAGAAAAAGAUGAAACAUAAGAUUUUCUUUGUGAAACAAUAAAUUUAGGUUGUAACAUAUAAUGUUAAAUGUUUAGAGGAGUUUCUUUUUUAGAUUUAGUUAGAGACAUGAAUAGUUUCAUGUGAGGUUUCAGUGUAUAUAAUGUUUGUUUAUUUGUCUAUUUUAAUUAUAUUUUGUUUUAUUAAUAGACUUUAUGCUGUUUGUAUUCGAAUGGAGCUGUGCAAACAUGAACCUAUUAUUUUGUACUGUAUUUUAGUAAAAUUAAUACAAAGUUUUGUUUCUAUUUGAA